ACUGUCUGUCUAGUCAAAAAUAGACUGAACCGCUCGCGUUGAAGAUAUCAGCUAUGCUCUAACAGGCUCCUCACUUUAGAGCCGCUUCCGCUGUCGUCGAUUGACCGAUAUGCUUUAAAGAUGAAGUCUCAAACAGCAGAAAGCUGUGUAUAUUUUUGCACGGCAUCCGAUUUCCCACAACAGAGGCACCAACAAGUUAGCUAGCUAGUCGGGUAACGCUCGCCUCAGCUAUCACGUCGUCUGCUCGCCCAACUAUUUUCAGCAAGAUUAGCGUAGCGUCAGCUCGGAAGCAGGUGAACAUUGCAAAUCUAAAUUUGAGGCUGUCGACAGCUAGCAGGCUCAAACCUGUCGCGGUUUAGAAGCCGCGUUUCCCCCCGCAGCAGUUUUGAAGUAUACGUUAGUUUACGUUAACCAUGGCCUAUAAUUUCCUCAACACGGAUGACUCGUCUCCAGCAUCUCUAACGGACCUGUGCCUGACCUAUGUCAGCCAGAACCUGGAGUGGUUUUGUCUGAAGCAUCCUGAUGGCUCCCUGUGUCUCAGAGAGGCUAUACUCUUUCCACAGGAGCUAGCAGAUCAGCUGUUGGCCAAGAUGGCCAUUGAGGGUCUGUUGAAUGACAGUACGGUGGGUGUGUUCCGCAACUGUGAGUACCUGCGACUGAGGCGAGCGUGCAUCCGUACAGCGCGCAUCUCUGCAGAGGCUUUCCAAAGAGCCCUGUGUCCUCACAGACUGCUGGAGCUAGAUGCCUCUAGGGUCAAUGCAGACCUCACCAUCGCUGAUAUACUGCAGGGAUUGGCCACCAAUAAACACUGCCAGGAGUCCCUCCAGCGACUUGCUUUAACUGGUCUCACCAUGACUUCUCUGGAGGAACCAAUCCGGCACCGCUUCAGCUCCCUCCAGGGUCUGCGCUCUCUCUCUUUAGCCAAUGUAGACUUCUAUGACUCCGGGCUAGCAGAUGUGUGUUCACUGCCUCGUCUGGAGAGCCUCGAUCUCUCCAACACGUCAGUCACCAACCUGACCCCCCUGCUGGGCCUGAGGGAGAGGCUCCGCUCACUAACACUGCACCAGCUGAAGAGGCUGGAGAUGAGCACUGCACAGCUGCUGGGAGUCAUAGGACAGCUGGAUCUGUUACAGCACUUGGACAUCAGCGAUGAUAAGCAGUUUACCUCUGAUGUGGCUCGCCAGCUGCUUGGACAGCCAGGGAUCCUGCCUGCGCUUGUUUCCCUGGAUGUGUCUGGAAGGAAACAGGUAACAGAUGCAGCUGUGAAGGCUUUCGUUGAGGAGAGACCAGGGAUGACUUUUGUGGGACUUCUGGCCACAGAUGCUGGUUUUUCUGAUUUUCUCUCUGGAGAGGGAAAUCUAAAGGUUACAGGAGAAGCCAACGAGACCCAGAUCUGUGAGGCAUUGCGUCGCUACAGUGAGAGAGAAGGGUUUGUGAGAGAAGCUCUGUUUCAUCUGUUCAGCCUCACUCAUGUCAUGGAGAAACCACGACCUGAUAUCCUCAAGCUGGUAGUUUUGGGUAUGAAGAAUCACCCUGCCACCUUGAAUGUUCAACUGGCAGCCAGUGCGUGUGUAUUCAAUCUGACCAAGCAGGAUCUGGCAGCAGGAAUGCCAGUCCGACUCUUGGGUACAGUGACGCAGCUGCUACUGGAGGCCAUGAGGACCUUCCCAAACCACCAACAGCUGCAGAAGAAUUGCCUGCUGUCUCUGUGCAGUGAUCGCAUUCUACAGGAGGUCCCAUUCAACAGGUUUGAGGCUGCCAAGCUCGUGAUGCAGUGGCUGUGCAACCAUGAAGAUCAGAACAUGCAGAGAAUGGCUGUCGCUAUUAUUUCUAUACUGGCUGCUAAGUUGUCCACGGAGCAGACGGCUCAGCUGGGAGCAGAGCUGUUUAUAGUGAAGCAACUCCUCCACAUUGUGCGUCAGAAGGCAAAUCAGGGCGUGGUAGACGCCACCCUCAAAUUUACACUGAGUGCACUCUGGAAUCUGACUGAUGAAUCACCAACAACAUGCCGCCAUUUCAUAGAGAACCAGGGGCUGGAUCUGUUCAUUAAAGUCCUGGAGUCUUUCCCCAAUGAGUCUUCCAUUCAGCAGAAGGUUCUAGGACUGCUGAACAACAUAGCUGAGGUAGGGGAGCUGCAUGGAGAGCUGAUGGUGCAGGGAUUCCUGGACCACAUCCGCUCUCUGCUGCACAGCCCUGAGGUGGAGGUCAGCUACUUUGCUGCAGGCAUCCUGGCACACCUAACCUCCCGGGGAGAGGAGGCCUGGACACUCAGCCUCAGCCUCCGUUCCUCACUGCUGGAACAACUGCAUUCUGCCAUUCUAAAGUGGCCCACACCAGAGUGUGAAAUGGUGGCCUACAGGUCAUUUAACCCCUUCUUUCCCCUGCUGGAGUGCUUCCACACCCCUGGUGUCCAGCUGUGGGCUGCCUGGGCCAUGCAACAUGUCUGCAGCAAGAAUGCCUCUCGAUAUUGCAGCAUGCUGUUGGAGGAGGGCGGUCUGCAGCAGCUGGAACAGGUGCAGACACACCCACAGACCCAUGGAGACGUCAAACGAUUGGCUGAGAGCAUCCUGGAGAGCCUACAGCAUCACAGAGCCCGCACCGGCCAGCCAGCACACACGCACACAUGUCGCCGCCCACCACCUCAGCAGCCUCACAGAGAAAAUGAGGCUCCCUGACCAAGACUGUGCCAGCCAUCCCUAGAGAGUGUACAAGAAAGGACAGGGACUACGCAUUUCUUUGCACACACACACAUACACACACACACACACACACAAACUCAAACUCACUUAUUUAUUUUAAUGUUUGUUUCAAAACAAAAGUAUUUCAGUGUGCUUGUGAUAAAUAAGGAAAUUAUGAGAAGACCUGUUGGUCAGUUAAGCUCAAUUGUUUGAUAUGGGAUUUGUGUCUCAGCUCUGUCUUGUAACUCUUGCCAUUGGCAUCAUGACGAUGUACCAAAAACAUUUGACGCGCACACAUACAAAUCUCAGAUUUGGAUUGAACCCCAAAAGUUCAGCUGAAGGUUGAGGCAGUCCGAUCCCUCUCUGCUACUGAGGGUUCUGAUCGUUUUCAUUGGUUGAUUACCUUAUUAAAUAUGCGCAUGACGUUGUGAGCUCAAGCAUGCCGGAGUUUGUCUGAAUGCUUGUACCAUUCAUUAUAGGAAUGCCUGCUUGUUUGUUUAUAGCAGUGUUCUGUUCACUGAAAUCCAUGCCUCUGGGUCUGCAAUACUACUGUUGCCCUCCUCUUCAUUUACUCUUAUAUCGACUAAUGCCUUUGAUUUGAUGUGACAGGACACUUGCCCAGGGUGCAUUCAGUGGGCUGAAAUGUUCCAAACAUUAGAGAGGAAACCUAAAUUGUAGAGCAGAUAUAUCUAUUUGGAAAGCACUACUGUUGUACAGCUGCAUUGUUGUUUUUGGGUUUUUUUUUUUUUGUUAUUUUUUGUAGACAUGUAGGAGCCCUAAAUCAGUCAUGGGUCAUCAGUGGCAAAACCAGCAGUGCUGUAAAUCCAGAGGCGUGGAGUAGAAUUGUUGUGGUUUGUAGAAAUUAUGGAACGCUAAGAGAAAUUAUGUCUAGAAAAGUAUAAAUGUCCCUCGUGGACACAAAUGGCAAUAAUGAUCUCGUGAAAAUAAGAAAUGAUGGGACUCACAUACAUGUGUAUUGAGACACAGCUGUCUUCUCCUUGAGAAGAUGUGUGUAUAUAUCGGUAUGUUAGCUGUGCUUGCCUGUAGGUCUGUGUGCAAGAAACAGAGACGAUGUGAGCAUGUGUGUGUAUGUACGUCUGUACAACUAGCAGCAUCUUAAAGAGUGUAUGUAAUUUGUUUCAUGCUGUGUACAUAAUAGAAUGUGAGAGAGAAAUAGUAAUCGUUAAGACUGGUUGGAAUGGUUGCACGGAAACUAUUAUACUGUAUGGUCAUUGUUAAUUUUUUUCAUUUUUCUUUUUAAGAGGUACUUGUGGAACAAAGGAGAGGGUAAACAGACGAGAAAGCUAUUUACCUGGGGGAGAUAGAGAAGCGAGUGUAACGAGGAACAUUUAAGGGUCUUCCUCUAAAUGUUCUAAAAUUAUGGGCUGUGUGAAAUGAGUAUCCUCCAGGAAUUCAUUUUACCAGGAUACAUUUACAAAUGUUCAGAGGAUCAGUAAUGAUGGAGAGAGGAAGCCACAAUUGGCUGUAACAAUUCACCCCGAUGCCUACCUUCUCCUCGCUCAACCUGGGUUUUGAUUCUGAUCAUGCUCCUGUCACCAUUCUCUAUGCAAUUGAAGCUGAUGUUGCUUUUACAAGCUGCUUUCAGACAGUGAUGAUAUAUAAACUUUUUGAGGCAGUGGGGAUUUUGGCUUCAGCAGGGCUACCAGUUGGCACAUGAUAAAACCACUGGAAAAAGUACUGUAAAAACUAAAAUAAUGUUCAUUUACAAGUGAACACGGCAUAUCGGACUACAAGGAAAAAGUGUUCUAAAAUAAUACUGUCAGUAAGAAACUGUCAGCAAAAUCAUCUGCUCACAUUGCCUCAAAAGGUCAAUGUGUCACAGCCUUAUUAUUUUCUCUCAAUGAGCUGUCAUUGUAUGUGCUUGCUACUUUUGCAUGGGUCCUUGAUUGAUCCCUUCAUCAGUUUCAUCAAGGGCAAAGUUUUGUUUGCAAGAGAAGUUCAAUAAAUAGAGCCUGCUUUCAUUCUUCUUUUCUCAAAAUCUGUCUGUUGCUCAUAGUAUCUUGGAUUGGCUGGUUGAGCAUCUGAACAUUGCCCUUAAUGAAGGCCAGUUUUUUUCACAGGAAGAAUUUCGUUCAAACUGAAGUUUGCAAAAAGUCCAGAUAUAAUUGUGCCAUGUUGCUGCUGAGAGCCAAGUUUUCAAGUUUGAAAUAAAGAAUGUACAUCCCCAUAAACUGGA